AUGGCAGACGGUGGAGUUGACGAGUUAUCGCAGUUGGAAUAUUUAUCUUUGGUGUCGAAGGUCUGCACGGAACUCGACAAUCAUCUGGGAAUUAACGACAAAGAUUUAGCUGAGUUUGUUAUUAGUCUUGCUGAAAAAGAGCCGAGCUUCGAUGGAUUCAAAGUUCUUCUGCUCGAAAAUGGAGCCGAAUUCGCUGAUUCCCUCAUCGGUAACUUGCUCAGACUCAUUCAGACGAUGCGACCCCCAUCUAAGGCAUCAACAAGUAAAGCCUCUGAUGUUUCAUUCAAGCCAAAAACGGAGAAAGACAGGCUGAAGGAAUUGUUUCCUGCACUGUGUAAACCCAACGAUCCAUCACCAAAGCGGGUGCUGGAUGAAGACGACGUGAAAGUCGCUGCUGAUGCGAUAAAAGAACUAGAGAUGUUGAUGCCCAGUGUCAGUGGGGGCGACUCCAAAAUCAGCACGACCAAAUCAGAAAAGAGCAGACGUCGUAGCCGAAGCAGAGAAAGGGACAGAGACCGGCAUAGAGACAGAGAUCGUGAUAGAGACAGGGACCGGGAUAGAGACCGGGACCGGGGAGGAGACGGGAAGAGACGGCACCGUUCUAGAUCUCGGUCCAGGUCCCGCUCCUGGGAUCGUGACCGACACAGAGAUAGAGACCGAGAUCAUGGUAAAAGAAGAGACAAGUCUUACCGCUGGUCUGAGCGUUCACCCAGCCCUAGAAAAGACUCGGACAAGGACUCUGAGCGCUGGAAAGACAAACACGUGGACCGGCCUCCUCCAGAGGAGCCUUCUGUGGGCGACAUUUACAACGGAAAAGUUACCAGCAUCAUGCAGUUUGGCUGCUUCGUUCAGCUCGAGGGUUUAAGAAAACGCUGGGAGGGAUUGGUCCACAUUUCAGAGCUGCGCAGAGAGGGUCGGGUCGCUAAUGUGGCCGACGUUGUCAGCAAGGGCCAAAGAGUCAAAGUGAAGGUGCUCUCCUUCACUGGCUCCAAGACAAGCCUAAGUAUGAAGGAUGUGGACCAGGACACCGGAGAGGAUAUCAACCCCAACAGGAGAAGGAAUAUGGGUCCAGAAGGAGGAGAUGAUGUCUCCAUGAGGAACCCCGACAGACCGAGUAACCUGAACCUGGGCCACGCCCCCGAGAUGGAGCAGGACGACACCUUGGAGCGCAAGAGGCUCACCAAGAUCUCUGACCCAGAGAAGUGGGAGAUUAAACAGAUGAUUGCUGCCAACGUUUUGUCCAAGGAAGAAUUCCCAGAUUUUGAUGACGAGACGGGAAUUCUUCCUAAAGUGGAUGAUGAAGAGGACGAGGACCUGGAAAUCGAGCUUGUUGAAGAGGAGCCACCGUUUCUAAGAGGACACACCAAACAGAGCAUGGAUAUGAGCCCAGUUAAAAUUGUUAAGAAUCCAGACGGCUCGCUGUCACAGGCAGCCAUGAUGCAAAGCGCUCUGGCUAAAGAGAGACGGGAGCUGAAACAGGCCGCUCGAGAGGCAGAAAUGGACUCUAUCCCCAUGGGGCUGAACAAACACUGGGUGGACCCGCUGCCAGACGCUGAUGGUAGACAGAUUGCUGCCAACAUGAGGGGGAUUGGAAUGAUGCCUAAUGACAUUCCAGAGUGGAAGAAGCAUGCUUUUGGGGGGAACAAGGCCUCGUAUGGAAAGAAAACGCAGCUGUCCAUCUUGGAGCAAAGAGAAAGCCUUCCCAUCUACAAACUAAAGGAGCAGCUCAUUCAGGCGGUUCAUGACAACCAGAUCCUGAUUGUCAUUGGAGAGACUGGCUCUGGGAAGACCACCCAGAUCACUCAGUACCUGGCAGAGGCAGGUUACACCACCAGAGGGAAGAUCGGCUGUACGCAGCCCCGCCGUGUCGCCGCCAUGUCGGUGGCUAAGAGGGUCUCGGAGGAGUACGGUUGCUGUCUGGGACAAGAGGUGGGUUAUACCAUCCGAUUCGAAGAUUGCACCAGCCCUGAGACGGUGAUCAAGUACAUGACAGACGGUAUGCUGCUGAGGGAGUGUUUGAUCGACUCCGAAUUGGGCCAGUAUGCCAUAAUCAUGCUGGACGAGGCCCACGAGAGGACCAUCCAUACUGACGUUCUGUUUGGUCUCCUUAAGAAGACUGUUCAGAAACGCACAGACAUGAAGCUGAUCGUAACGUCGGCCACACUGGACGCUGUGAAGUUCUCCCAAUAUUUCUAUGAAGCCCCCAUCUUCACCAUCCCAGGCCGAACAUAUCCAGUGGAGGUUCUUUACACCAAGGAACCUGAGACAGACUAUUUAGACGCCAGCCUCAUCACCGUCAUGCAGAUUCAUCUGACUGAGCCUCCAGGUGACAUCCUGGUGUUUUUAACCGGACAGGAAGAAAUCGACACUGCCUGUGAGAUUCUGUAUGAGAGGAUGAAGUCUCUUGGACCUGAUGUCCCUGAACUCAUCAUCCUUCCAGUUUAUUCUGCUCUGCCCAGUGAGAUGCAGACCAGAAUCUUUGAUCCUGCACCUCCAGGGAGCAGAAAGGUCAUAAUUGCUACAAACAUCGCAGAGACCUCUCUGACCAUCGAUGGAAUCUACUACGUGGUGGAUCCAGGCUUCGUCAAACAGAAGGUGUACAACUCCAAAACUGGUAUCGAUCAGCUGGUGGUGACUCCCAUUUCACAGGCCCAGGCUAAACAAAGGGCAGGUCGUGCCGGAAGAACUGGUCCUGGGAAAUGUUACAGGCUCUACACGGAGAGAGCUUACAGAGACGAGAUGCUGACUACCAAUGUUCCUGAGAUCCAGAGGACCAACCUGGCCAGCACAGUGUUGUCUUUAAAGGCCAUGGGCAUCAAUGACCUCCUGUCUUUUGACUUUAUGGAUGCUCCUCCUAUGGAGACUUUGAUCACAGCCAUGGAGCAGCUUUACACUUUAGGAGCUCUAGAUGAUGAAGGCUUACUAACACGCCUGGGGAGAAGGAUGGCAGAGUUUCCUCUGGAGCCCAUGUUGUGUAAGAUGUUGAUCAUGUCCGUCCACCUUGGCUGCAGUGAAGAGAUGCUCACCAUUGUGUCCAUGUUGUCUGUGCAGAACGUCUUCUACAGGCCAAAGGACAAGCAGGCCUUGGCAGACCAGAAGAAGGCAAAGUUCCACCAACCUGAGGGAGACCACCUCACCCUGCUGGCCGUAUACAACUCAUGGAAAAACAACAAGUUUUCCAACCCCUGGUGCUACGAGAACUUCAUCCAGGCUCGCUCCCUGCGCAGAGCUCAGGAUAUCCGCAAACAGAUGCUGGGAAUCAUGGACAGACAUAAACUGGAUGUGGUGUCCUGCGGUAAAGCCACAGUGCGAGUCCAGAAGGCCAUCUGCAGCGGUUUCUUCAGGAAUGCAGCCAAGAAGGAUCCCCAGGAAGGCUACAGAACACUGAUCGACCAGCAAGUUGUCUACAUCCACCCCUCCAGCGCUCUGUUCAACAGACAGCCUGAAUGGGUUGUGUACCACGAGCUUGUGCUGACCACCAAGGAGUACAUGAGGGAGGUGACGACCAUCGAUCCUCGAUGGCUGGUCGAAUUCGCGCCCGCCUUCUUCAAGGUCUCCGACCCCACCCGCCUCAGCAAGCAGAAGAAGCAGCAACGCCUGGAACCGUUAUACAACCGUUACGAGGAACCGAACGCCUGGAGAAUCUCCCGCGCCUUCAGACGCCGUUGAUUUUUGUAUGAUAUCAUUAGUCCACAGCCUGGAUUUCUGGACGGUGUUUUUGUCAAAACCUUUGUUUGCUUAAGAUUGGUCAGAAAGCGAUGGGUUUUGGGGUUCCUCUCACAAAAAGUUUUUCUUUUUGUAAAAAUUGUACAUUUUGUUUCUUUCAUUCAAACAUUUUCAACGAUUUAAAUUUAGUUUAGUAGCCGUGAUGUCAAAUUAGUAAUUUUCUUUUAAAGAAACUAAGCAACUAAAGACAAGCUCUUUUUGUGAUCAAUUUAAAAGUCCAGAAAACGACGACCUGUUUAUUUCAACUGAUGCAAAUGGAGUUUGCCUUUUUAUCUUAAACUCUUUAAGCUCUUGUAUUUCUAACCAGCAGGAUAAUGAAACAUGUUUGAUGUUUUAUAAAGGGGCAAAUCUGUGUAUCUGUGACUGUAAACCUUAAAUGUUCUCAUUAAAGAGAAUCUUUUUUUA